ACCAAUGCUCUGAUGUAUAUACUUUAUAGUAUUCUUUUAAAAGCCUGGCUACGUCCCUGGAAGUAUACGAGAAUCUGUUCACUUCACUACUAUCUUGUUACUUUUGUUAUACCCUGUACACGGAACAUUUAGCACUGUCUAGCAUGUCCGAGACAUUUGGACCGGCUUUCGCGGGUCGGGACCGACCGCUUCUAAGCUACGGGUCGCCAUUCGCCGAUUCACUUCUUAAGCAUGCGGAUGAUACUUUCCAUGCGUCUAGGAUUUAUGUUAUUUGCUCUAGGUCCCUAGCGAAUAACACGGCAUACUACGAUGGGCUUAAACGGGCCUUGGGUAGUAAAUUCGCUGGUGUCAGGAUUGGCAUGAAGCCCCAUUCUCUUUGGUCCGAGAUACUUGAAAUUGUGGCCGGCACAAAGAAUUGUGGUGCGGAUUUGAUCGUUACACUAGGCGCAGGGAGUCUCACAGAUGCGGCCAAGAUGGUAUCAUUUGCGCUGGCGAAUGAUGUGUCGACUCAUGCUGAGCUGGACACCCUCUGUCCUACGAGCUCGCGGAAGCGUGACGGCAUUGAGUCAUCGAAGGUUCCGGUUGUUUGCAUUCCUACGUCGCUAUCGGGUGGCGAAUACUCCCCAUUUGCAGGCGCCACAAACGACGAAACAGGACAGAAAUUCUCCUUUUCGGGAGCCUUGCAGGGACCCGCCUUGAUCAUCCUCGACCCGGAGCUCACUACGACAACCCCUGAGAAAGUUUGGCUGAGUACCGGCGUUAAGGCUGUAGAUCAUUGCGUGGAAACGCUUUGCUCUCUGAAGAGUGAUGACGAUGCAGACCGAGACGCUAAAAACGGGUUAGCUAAACUGAUACCCGGUCUGAUAAAAAGCAAACAAAACCCCAAGGAUCUCGAGGCGAGGCUAGAAUGCCAAUUGGGGGCUCGAGAUGCUAUGAGCGCAUCUAGUAGAGGUGUGCCAUUAGGAGCGAGUCACGGUAUUGGUCAUCAGCUAGGACCAGCGGGCGUAGGUCACGGCGAGACCAGCUGCAUUCUUAACCCUGCUGUAUGCAAAUACAACUACAAGAAGGGCGCCAACGUUGAGCGACAAAACGCUAUUAUCAAGCUCCUCUGGGAAGACCCCAAAGCUCGGGAAAUAUUCAGCCAGAGGGGUUUAAAAAGAGAGAUAGCUGAUCUUGGUGACCUGAUGGACGCUAUCAUCCGUACCCUUGAUAUGCCGCGGACGCUGAAAGAGUUUGGUAUCGGAGAAGACAAGCUCGAAAACAUUGCUGAACAUAGUCUAAAGGACCGAUGGGUUAAAAGCAACCCAGCCCCCCUAGAUAAAGAGGGUGUGCUUGAGAUACUGCGUAUGGUACUCGGGUGAUCUAUGUUCAUAAUCUGCAUUACUUAUUCCAAGGCAAGAUACUGUAUCAUAGUAUUAGUAAAGCAAAUAAACCCCCAAAGUUCCUCGCUCCAUGCUCA